UAGCUGCUGUAGAUGUAGCUAGCUAGCUAGCUUGUGAUGGAGUCGAUAAUGGAGAAGCAGCAGGCGGUGGCGGUGGAAGCCGCGGCCGGCGGCGGCGGAGGAGGGGGGGAUCGGGCGGGCCAGGUCGGACCAGCUGGCGCCGUCGCAGUCGCUGAGCCGGACGACGUCGGCGGAGACGGUGCUGAGCAACGCGGACACGACGAGCCUAUCCCGCAAGUCCAGCUUCGGGCGGAAGCAGCGCACGGCGUCGGGCGGCGGUGGCGGCGGCGGCAACAGACACAUCCGCAAGUCGCGGAGCGCGCAGCUGAAGCUGGACGUGGAGGACCUCGUCAGCAGCAGCGCCGCGCUCAGCCGCGCCUCCAGCGCCAGCCUCGGCUUCUCCUUCACCUUCACCGGCUUCACCCCGCCGCCGCAGGGCAUGCACUCCGCCGACCCGGCGACCUUCAGCGACGACGACAGCCCCAUGGACAUCGAGGCCGGCGCGCGGCGGCGCAAGAAGCUGAUGACGGAGCCGACCUUGCCGAUAUACCUCAAGUUCACGGAGGUGAAGUACAGGGUGGCGGCGAAGGGCUCGUCGCGGGAGAUCCUGGGCGGGAUAUCCGGGUCGGCGUCCCCCGGCGAGGUGCUGGCGCUGAUGGGCCCGUCCGGCAGCGGCAAGACGACGCUGCUGAGCAUCCUGGGCGGCAGGGCCGGCGGCGGCGCCGUGGAGGGCUGCGUCUCCUACAACGACGAGCCCUACGGCAAGUCCCUCAAGCGCAGAAUAGGAUUUGUGACUCAAGAUGAUGUUCUCUUUACCCAUCUUACCGUGAAGGAGACAUUGACUUACGCAGCACUACUUCGUCUCCCAAGAACAAUGACAAGGCAACAAAAAAGAGAACGAGCAAUGGACAUCAUAUAUGAGCUUGGCCUUGAAAGGUGCCAGGACACAAUGAUUGGGGGAUCUUUUGUGCGUGGGGUAUCAGGGGGUGAAAGGAAAAGAGUUUGCAUUGGAAAUGAGAUUCUGAUCAAUCCAUCUUUAUUGUUUCUUGAUGAGCCAACAUCUGGGCUGGAUUCAACUACAGCCCUAAGGAUCAUUCAACUUCUUCAUGACAUAGCUGAGGAUGGGAAGACGGUGAUCACCACAAUUCACCAACCAUCUAGCAGGCUGUUUCAUAAGUUUGACAAGCUUAUCCUCCUCGGCAAAGGAAGUCUGCUAUACUUUGGGAAGGCAUCUGAAGCCAUGCCCUACUUCCAGUCCAUUGGAUGCACCCCAUUUAUCGCGAUGAACCCAGCAGAGUUUCUACUGGAUCUCGCCAAUGGCAACACUAACGAUGUUUCAGUCCCUUCAGAAUUAGAUGAUAAGGUGCAUAUGGAAAAUCACACUUUGGAGAAUAAUUCCAAGACUGACUACAGGCCAUCAGCACAAGAUGUUCAUGAGUAUUUAGUAGAUGCUUAUGAGACUCGCGUGGCUUUUAAAGAGAAGAAGAAGCUUCUAGCUCCACUUCCAAUCAGUGAUGACCUGAAAGUAACUAUAACAUCAUCAAAGCGAGAGUGGGGCACAAGCUGGUGGCAGCAAUAUUCCAUCCUCUUUUGUAGAGGGAUCAAGGAAAGACGGCAUGAUUAUUUGAGCUGGAUGAGAAUAACCCAGGUCAUAGCUACAUCAAUUAUCUUAGGUUUACUGUGGUGGCACUCUGAUCCCAGCACACUAAAAGGUCUCGAAGAUCAGGCUGGCCUACUGUUUUUCAUUGCUGUGUUUUGGGGUUUCUUUCUUGUCUUUACUGCAAUCUUUACAUUCCCUCAAGAGAGGGCAAUGUUGAACAAGGAGCGUGCAGUUGACAUGUACAAGCUCAGUGCAUACUUCUUGGCCAGAACAACAAGUGAUCUACCACUUGACCUUUUCCUCCCUGUCAUAUUCAUGGGACUCGGAUUGGCAAUUGGAGCUACCCUGCUGGAUAUCAAGAAGGCAACAACUCUAGCUUCAGUUACAGUCAUGACUUUCAUGCUAGCAGGUGGCUUCUUUGUAAAGAGGGUCCCCCCAUUCAUCUCCUGGCUGCGCUACCUGUCCUUCAACUACCACACGUACAGGCUCCUGCUUAAGGUGCUGUACCAUCCCGUGCCGGACAUCCUGACCACCACGAAACACAUUGACAACGGCGCCACCGAGGUCGCGGCUCUCGUCGCCAUGAUCAUCGGGUACCGGGUGCUGGCGUACCUGUCGCUGAGAUGGGUGAAGGUCCCAAACAGCUAGCACAUCGCAUCACCGCGUUUGUGGACUGACUGCAGCCUGAACUCCUUGAGGCUGCAAACUGCAAGGGUUUGGGUGUGUAGGGAAGUUUUUAUAUUACGCCGUGAAAAGAUGGAAUUCUUUUACUUUUCUGUCUUUUUCAACUAAAGUUCAGAGGACCCCGAAGGCCAAAUUUGGGAACUGAACAAGAAGAAUCUGUAACGAGUAUCAGAGACAAGAUGUGUUGUAAUUUUUCUUUCACAAAGAUUACUUGUUUUAAGUGAUCAGGAAGUUAAUAAGCGUGAGUUUAGAUUUGAGGGCAUAUUCUUAGGACAGGUAGUUUUAGGACAAACCCUACUCAUACUCCCAAGCAUGCCUAACAUUAGGAGUAUGCUCAUACCGAUGGACGGAGAUACGGAGUCACGUAACCACAGGGUGAAGGUCUGAUGUUUUACACUUUAGGGGGCAGACAUUCAUCCGCAUCAGGCUUGACAGUCCCUGCAGUGUUUGUUUCUGUCGUUCUAUGCAGAAAAGAACACUGAAGUUUGUAGGAUCCAUCUUUCCAACUUGUGAAUAGAGAGCUCUUUUCUUCU